UAUUCACGCAUUGAGUGGUGUGGCGCUGCACGCGACGCGCGUCCUUAACGCGCUUGUAAAGAUUCGCGCCAACGCGAAAUUAAUACGAAUCAUUACCUCAAACCUCCCGCUCCCAAAAACCUUUGCCUAAAUGUCGUGCAUUUAAAAACUAUAACUGUCAAAAAUCUGUCACUAGUGUUUUUUUUUAAUUAAGUGUAAGUGGUUUAUUCCUAUAGUGCCAGUGUCGAGACAAAUGAGUUUACAUUAUAUUUAAUCAGGUGAACGAUAACGCUGCGUUUUCAAGGAAUCCAUUCAAUUCUUACAACAAAAACAUGAUUAUUCUGAUGAAUAUAAUGUAAACUCAUAACGAAAGGUGGCUGAUAUUAAAAAUAAAAGAUAACAAAUAAAAUAAACAGUGUUGGUGAUAUAAUAAAAUGAAAUAUUGAAGAUGUUGGAAUACUUGAUAGUAUUACUGAUCGGGUUUUGGCUGGGAGUUGCCAUAUUCCUGUAUGUCUCCUGUUACUGGAUUGAGGAGAUUUUAGAUUUACCGCAGUCCCAGCAUGGUUCAAAUGCCAGCUACGUGGGCAGCGGAGCGAGUGGUGCGCACGCGCAGCUCAAACGGCUCGUGGCUAGAGUCGUGGAAGAGGCUGCAGCGCUGCCGGCGCUGGCGCGGUACGCCGCCGCGCCUUCGCCAACGCCUACGCCCACACCCACCAUACACUCUUCUACAUAUGAGGAUCUUCUAGCUACUGCUAUAUUGAAUAAGGUGAUCGAGCGUUACCAGACAGAGAGCGGAUCCGGUGGGUCCGGGGGUCGCAGCAGCGGCAUCCACUCCGCUAGCGCCAGCCCCUCGCCCUCAGAGCGCUCAGAGCGCUCCGACCCCCGCUCGCUGCACUCCAGGAACACCAGAGACAUCAGUCCACCGCUGCGCGAGGAGGAUGUAUCAGACUGGGAGGAAGGCGACGCCACUGACGAGGCGGAGGCGCUUCCGCGACGCGUGCCCUUCCCGGAGUUCGGAGGAGACAUCGUGCAUAAUGAUAACGAAGAUCAUGACUUGGACGAAAUAUCGAGCAGUGACAUACAGGCCGUCGAUGGAUCUUGGGAGGAGAACUGGCUAUUUCAGAAGAAAAAAAUUAAAACAAUACAAUCCGUACCUGUACCGAUGCUGGUCCCUAACUCUAAUGCGGACUACCGAGCGCUCAUAGGCGAUAGAGAUGCCGAGGACACAACCGAUCUUUCAGAUAAUGCGAGUGACGCAGAAGAACAAGCAGCAGACUACAAGAGCGAUGUCAAAAAAGUUUUAGACUCGAAACAUAUUAUAGGAGGAAAAGCGAAAGUACCUGAAAUUCAUACGGAUGAUUUUGAAGCAGAUAGUCUUGAUAAUAUGAUUUUUAUUGGAUCGGACGACAACGAGAAGUAUAACGAGACACGUGAAACCAUUUCAAGCGUGGGAGGAAAUAAAACCGACCUUGACAAUGAAGAAAAUACCAAUCAUGUAAACAAUAAUGAGGAGAAAGAUUCCAUUUUAUUACUUGACGUGGAAAGCGGACCGCCGCCGAAAGCAGAAUUUAAUUUAAAAGAAGAAAUCCAUAGAUCUAUUUUUAACGACACUAAAACUGGACUAUUAAUAGAUUUGGAUACAUCACAAGCUAUGGAAGCAGAUAGUUUGGAAAACAUUGAUCAUGAUCCCAAUUCAAAAACGUUCGCAGAUAGCUCAGCAACAAACACGUUAAGUCGUCACGAGCGAGUUGGUGAAUAUGAAGAGACGGUAGCAGUGCCCGUGCAGAGAUACGCUGAUAGUCUGCGCAGGCAACAUGCUCAGGAUGAUACGGAAAGAUGCACUACCACAGAUGAUAAUGAAGAUUUGAUACCAGGUUCCAUUGCAUACAGAGAGCGCCAGAAAUGGCUAAACUAUGUCGAGAUGCCUAAUAAUCCAUAUUCUCCAGAAGCCAUACAAAAAAGAUUAACAGCGAAAAGUACUUCGUCGUUAUUCGAUUCGUUUACUUGUAAAGAUAAAGAAUUUAAAGCAGAAGUUACCGAAGUCAAUACAGUUAAUCCAGUGAUUGAGAAGGAAGUCGAUGUUGAAGAAAGAAAACAUAAUGGUACAAUCAACGAGGAAAUAACUAAUAAAAUCGAUUCGCUAACUUUAAAUGAAAAUGAAAUUAAUUCUCCUAAUGGGAAAGUCAGAAGUCCAACACAUAAAAGCUUGAAACGUGUACUUUCAGAAGAAAUUCCUCAAUACAAACGAUAUGGCAGAGAUUAUUACAUAAAAGAUGCCAAAAUGUCGUCUGGAGCGCGCAAGACAAACAGCUUGUGUAACAGCGACACAAGCUCGAUAUCGUCAAUGCAUAAAUCGACCAGUUUAGACAAUUUCGAUACAGAGCUCGCUUCGCCUGUAAGUGCCAGCAGUUCGUUGAGCGACCUCGAGGCGUCCGCCCUUCAUCACAACAUCGUCCGAGCAUUUCUCAGCCCCAGAAACGCCAGUCCCAACUUUGCUAUAAAUCCCAUAUUCGAAAACCCUGACAGACCAAGUGAUAAUGAUGACGAGAAUCACUCGACAGACCGACAUUAUGUCACCCGGAACGGACUAUUGAUACAACAGUUCACAACAAUCGCCACAAAUCAACAUUAUACGAAAUUCGCUGGUAAAGAUGAAAUGCAAAUAUCAGUUACGACGAUGCCCAACAACAAUGAUCAAAUAUUAAUAGAAUACGAGGACGCGAAUGAGCACACACUGUUUGUCGCAAAACCUGCAAUGGCUGAUGACACUGAUAGUAAAUUUGAUGAAAUCCUGCAAUCCGCAUACAAUCCAGAUACGGCUCCGUUAACCAUAGAAAUAAUCAAUCAAGAUGAUAUAUCAGAAAAGUCACCGGAAAAUCUCAGAAUUGAAAACUCAUUUAUUAGCACUAGUAGUUUAGAAGAUUCUAUUAAAAUAUACAACGUGCAGACCGGGGAGAUUGUAAAAUGUAAGCCCGAUGAUAAGGUAUCGCCGAGAUACGAAGAAACGGUUGACAACAAUGACAACAUUGAGAUACUAGAUAAGAAUCUCUCUGAAGUAAUGAACGACAGCCUCAGUACUAAUUUUGAUACGUGCGAGGAAACAAACACAACUCUUACAAACACAGAAAGAGAAGAAAGCGUGAACAAGAUCAGUGAUAUAGAGGACAUCCUUCCGCAACUUCCUAACGUAAAAGAAUUAGCUAAAAAGUUUGUCAGCAUGGAGAAUUUGAACGAAUCAACCAAGCCUCCAAAACAGCCCACAAGACGCAGAAAAAGCAAAGACAACAUGCUUAACUUCGACGACAAAACAGACAAACCACCAAACAAACUAAUAUACAUGCACAGUCUUACAGCUAGAAGUAUUUCUAAAGAAUUCCGCGACGAACUGAAACUGUCAUUGGCCACACCACUAACAGUUCCCGGAGGGUCCAAAGCCAUUCCCGAAGGAACAGAAGAGGUAACAAAGGAAUCGAGUAGACCGGGCAGUCCAGUCCCCGAACCAGGCACCAUAAAAACUAAAUUAGCGUUUUUCGAAAGUUUAAAAUCGAAAUUGAGCAAUUAAGUUGUAUAAAUUGUUUAUUAUUAAU